AUGGUGAAGUUGCGGGCAGAUUUAAAUCGAAUGACUUUCGUGGAUCGCGAUGGAUGGUCGUAUUUCGAAAAAACCGCUUCUUGGUACAAGGUUGUCGAUCAAGAAAUGACAUUUGAUGAAGCCGAGGCAGAUUGUACGAGUCGAAAGAGCCAUCUAGUCUCCAUUCACAGUCAGGAAGAGAACGAUUUUGUUUGGAAACUCGCGAAAAAUGUUCAUUCGUGUGCUGGGUUCUGGAUCGGACUGAAGAGAGAUCCGAAAAAAGGAAAUGCUUUGGAAUGGACGGAUGGAAGUUCGGUGGAUUUCACGAAUUGGAUGGUGGGAGAGCCGGAUUCGAACACCCACGCUGCGCUUUGGAGCAACAAUGGGGAAUGGGUGGUCUAUUCUCCUACCUCUCAGUGGCAUUUUAUCUGCAAAAGGAGCUCUCAAUUC